AUGGUGUUCAUUAAAAUCUGUGUAGUUGAAAUGUUCGCUUAAAAAAGAAAAGUUAUUUCUUAUAAGUUAAAAUUAUUUUUAUACGCCCUGAUACGUACUUGAUGCGUCCCAGUAACAAGUGAAAGUGUUAUCUUGUGAAGCAGCGAAUACAAACAAAAAUGGAGACAGUGGCCACAUCAUUAACAGCAGCUAUACGGACGCUCGCCCCUCAUCAAGAAUACCUCCUACAAGGCAGCAUCUUGGACAGUCAUUUAGAGGUUUUACUUCACAGACUACGAGGCCUGUGUGAUAACGCUGAUGCCACUCCAGAAACUUUCCAUGAUCAUGAGAUGGUCUAUCAGCUGAAAAAUAAUCUCUCAACACAACAAAGCCAAUAUAUUCUGUUCAGAGUGCGGCAGUCCAUUGAGUGUCCAGAUGCACCUUGCCACAUCAGGUACCUUGGUCAAGCAGAGGUGGGGGACAAGAAUCGCCAUACAUUAGUUAGAGCAUGCUAUGAUGUUGCUUGCUCAAGCAAUGUUAGAGACUUCCUCAAUGAGCUGGGAUUCAAACUAGACCAUGAAUAUGUUGCCAGAGGUUACUUCUUUCACAAAGGCAGAAUGAAAGUUACCAUUUCAAAGAUAUACAGAUUAUUACAACCUGGGAAACCAGAUACUCCAGAGCCUAUGACACAGUCUCACUUGGUUGAGCUGAGUGUGGUAGCACCAUUAGGCCAGGAUUCAAUUGGGGAUGAUAUGAGAAACUUUGCUGAACAGCUGAAACCGCUUGUUGUAUUGGAAAAAUUUGACCACAGACGACUUCAGUAAAAACAUCACAGCAGCAGUUGUUUCUUCCUCAGAGAUGCUGUGGAAAAGCGUAAUAGCUCUACAUAAUGUGUCCAAGCAGAGUGUGCUUGUGGAUGCAGAUAUUAUGCAUAAGGAAACAAAAAACCAAGCAUCCAAAGAUUAUAAAAGACUUGUGCUGUAAUGUCUUCAUCAUAAAGACAGCAUUCAUGGAAGUUUUUAGUUUUGAACAGUGGAACUAAACAUAUAGAUCACGGACCUGAUGUAGGGUAAUGCAGAAAUGGAACUUUUGCUGCUUCCCUACAUUCAAAAAGCAGGCCACAAUUAAGUGAUAUGACUCAUAAAUGUGUUUGGUCUUUUUGUUUAAAAAUUUUCUACAGCAGUAAUUUGAAAAGGGAUUGAAUAGGGAAUCUGCUUCCCAUAUUCUCUUUGAUCUUUUUACUCUGGAGUACACAUCCGCUGUUUAGAGUUUCAUCCAAAAUUAACAUAUUAACCGAAAUAAAUUCAUCCAUUUUUAUCAGACUUC